UUUGCACAUCAACUUGUUGUUUCUAACUAUCAACAAUGGCCACUUCUACAACUUUCUCUCUCUCAUGCACUCCCCAAAGCACAUUGCUGUCCAAACCAAAGUCUCACACACUAUCCCCAUCCAUGACACUGUUGUCACCCCAAGGGGGACAAAGAAACCUCUACCACCCUCUAAGAAACAAUAUUAUUGCAUCUCCAAUUUCCAUGAAGCCUAAGAGAAACCAUGUUGGAGGCUUAGUGAAGGCAUCAAUGGAUAACAAGAACGUGGAGGUGUUCUCCAAAGAACACCUUGCUGUGUCUCUGGCCAAGUAUGUUGCUGAUCUAUCUAAUAAGUUCAUCAAAGAAAGAGGGUGCUUCUCUAUCGCUCUGUCUGCUGGGUCUAUCAAGUACCUCAGAAAGCUGGUGGAACCUCACUAUUCUAACACUAUCCUGUGGUCUAAGUGGCAUAUAUUUUGGGUGGAUGAGAAAGUGGUGCCAAAGACUCACGUUGAUAGCAACUACAAGCUCGCUUAUGAUGGAUUCAUCUCCAAGGUGCCAAUUCCUCCACACAAUGUCAACACUAUUGAUGAUGCCUUGCCAGCUGAUGGAGCAGCUGAUGUGUAUGAAACAACUCUCAAACGCUUGGUUGCAAGCAAUGUGAUAGCCAAAUCAUUUGUCACAGGAUUUCCAAAGUUUGAUCUUGUGCUAUUAGACAUGGGCCAUGAUGGGCAUGUAGCAUCUCUCUUCCCAGGGCACCCUACACUUAAUGAGACCAAAAAAUGGGUCACCUUCCUCAAGAAUGCACCAACCCCACCACCAGAGAGGAUCACUUUUACCUUGCCAGUGAUCAAUGCUUCUUCAAACAUAGCAAUGGUGGUGACUGGUGCUGGUAAAGCAGAUGCAGUCUACUCUACACUGGAGGAAGCUCCUAGUGAUUAUAAACUCCCUGCUCAAUUGGUUUCACCUAAAGAAGGAGAGUUGAAAUGGUUCCUAGACAAGGGUGCUGCAUCAAAGUUGUGGUAGAUAUAUCCAAGUAAUUUAGUGGAUUUCUAUACAAAAUUGUAGUUGCAUAAGGGAAAAUAAGGCAUUAAAGAUUGGACUCUAGCCAUGUUUCAUAUUAAUGCAAGUUUUAUAUAGUUAUAUAUUGUUGUUUGGAUCUUAAGAUUGUAAGAAUAAAUUUGCCUUUUGUUUCUUCUUUUUGAAUGUAAAAUGGAUACUAUUUAAGUAUCCUAAAAUGCAUUACUUGUUUUAUGGGUUUCCAAAAAAUAUAAUUUAAUACAAUAAUGAUAUUUAUUUAACA